CACCAAGGAUCGAUGCCCUUUGUACAGGACCCCUAAAGGAAAUCCUCACCUCAAUAUAGAAUGUGAAGGAAGCAUGGCUGGGGUUGUGAUUUUUGCAUAGCUUGUCAAGAUCAAAGUUCCUUUUGUACCAAAAAAAUAAAUGAGUUCAGUCCAUCUUAGGUGUUUAUAAUGCUAAGCCCUGUGACAGUGAUAGAAAUUGUAAAGUAGUGGAGGCUGGCAGAAAGUGGUUGAAUUGCUUACUGCAACUGAGUUCUCUCACAAUUGAGGUGUCAGGAGCACCUGGCUUUAGUUUUCUUUGGUCCUGCAUUAGGGUGCCCACUGAGGGAGGGUUAACACUUUGUAGUAUGCGUUCUUCAUCCAUGUCAUCUUUUGUAUAAAGCCUUGGAGAUUGUGUUGUUGGGUGACUGCGGAAGAGGUGUCCUAUGGGAAAUUUAGUGGAAGAGUGAAUAAUGUAGACUGUCCAAAACUUAUGUUGUAUCUCAUUCUGUAUCUGAAAAAUGCUUCAAAAGAAGUUCAUACUGAACAUUUUUGGCUUCACUUUUGUUCCCUGGAUAAUUUGGUUUGAUAUAGACUGCCAGAAAAUCCAGAAUUCUUUCAUUCAAGCUGCCUGGACCAGGAGAUCUCGAGGUGAACUUGCAAAGAGACCUAACAGGAAAUCAUGGAAGCAGAGGACAGACAUGUAUAUGAGGCCAUUUUUACUGAAUGUUUUCUUUUCGAAGAGAUUUAUCCAUGCAAAAGUUAUGCACAGGGGAACAAGCAAAGUGAUAUCAGUUGCUACUACAAAUGCUAAGGACCUUAGAAACACUUUACCAUCACUUACAGAUCAUGAUGCUUGUAGAGUUGUCGGGAGGCUUAUCGCUGAGAGAUCAAAAGAAGCUGAUGUAUAUGCUAUUGCUUAUGAACCUAGAAAGAACGAGCGGAUUGAAGGUAAGUUGGGGAUUGUUCUAGACACUAUAAAAGAGAAUGGGAUUAUAUUUGUUUGAUUUUAAUCCUAAAUGACAUGAGAAGAAGCAACAGUGUUUAUCAGUGUGCCUUUCUCUAGCAAUUUGAUAGAGAUUGCUUAUAGCUUCUGUGUUUCAUUUUUCUUUGCUUUACUAUGUGCCUUCUGUUUAAUUUAUAUCCUGUAUGCACUGCCACCUUAGCUUGGAUAUUUUUUGGAGAAGCUAUAUUAAGACUAACUAAUAAUAGCAAGAUGCUUUUUAUA